CAGCUUACCCGGGUUACCUUUAAAACUUCGCACACACAUAUCUACAUCUAGUUGAACAGCUCCUAUAAGGCAACAAUAGCACUUCUCACACGAAAUUCCACUACCUACCAGUAGAUUCCGGUUCCGAGCCAGGAGAAAAAGAAGAAAGCAGAGCAAAUUUACCUCCUUGCUGGACGUCACCGAUUUCACCUCCGCCCCCUCUCCUCCUCAGCCCCACACACCCAUGAACCCCCCAAGGUCCCGGACGGCGGCGGAGCCGACGCUCUACGACGUCCUGGCGCUGACGCCGCGGCACCUCGAGGCGCCGCCGCAUUCGGCGGGCGCGGCGGCGCAGCAGCGCGGGGUAGUGAAGCAGGCGUACCACCGCGCGCUGUUGCGGCACCACCCGGACAAGGCGACGAGCCGCCGCGGCAGCGACGGCGACGGCGGCGGCGCCGCCCCGCCCUCGACAUUACCGCCGCCCUCAGCAGCCGCCGCGCCCGCGUACACCGUCGACGAGAUCCAGCACGCGUACGCGGUGCUCUCGGACGCGGGGCGGCGCGGCGCGUACGACCGGGAGCUGCGCGCGGGGCGGCGGCCCCCGCUGCUGGGGGUCGCGGGAGGCGGCGGCGGCGGCCCCCACGCCGGCGGCGAGACGCUCGACCUCGACGACCUCGCGUACGACGCGGCGGCCGGGGAGUACCACCGCGGGUGCCGGUGCGGGAACGCGCGGGGGUACGCGUUCGGCGAGGCGGACCUGGAGGCGUGCGAGGACGGCGGCGGCGGCGGCGGCGGCGUGCUGCUCGUCGAGUGCCGCGACUGCAGCCUCUGGCUGCGCGUGCUGUUUGCGGCGGCCGACGACGACGACGACGACGCGGAAGAUGCGGCCGAGCCGGAGGCCGAGACCCCCACAACGAGCGAGAGCGGGGCAGCGGGAGCUGGCUCCGGCUUCCGCUGGAGCUGGAGCCUCGACGCGAGCGUCUCGCUCGCCGGGGCCGCGGCCGCGGUCGCCCGGACGAGCGGCUCCCGGGCGUAGGCACGGAGCCGCGGGGUAUACGCGGUGGACGGGGCACUGAGACCUCGGUGCACUUGGUUACGUACGCCUACCUCACUUAUC